UGACUGAGGACCCCGGACUGAGGCUGAGCAGCACACCCAUUGAUGGCGUGGAGAAGUUUCCUUGCUGCUGCUGCUGGGCUCUGGUAGUGGUCCUGCGCCCUCCUUGGCCGCUCCUCUACCUGCAGCCUGCACGGAAGCUGGAUGGCAUUGUGAGAAGAGGAUGUUCCGCAAGGGGAAGAAAAGACACAGCAGCAGCAGUUCCCAGAGUAGUGAGAUCAGCACCAAGAGUAAGUCUGUAGAUUCCAGCCUUGGGGGCCUCUCCAGAUCCAGCACCGUGGCUAGCCUGGACACUGACUCUGCCAAAAGUUUUGGACAAGCCGGUAGUAAUUCUGAACAGUGUGCUGAGUUUAAGGUGAAAUAUGUCGGAUCCAUUGAAAGAGUGAAGGCGGAAGAAAGCAAAUCUCUGCAGGGGUCAUUGGAUCUCAUACAUUACAUUGAUAAUGCACAGCAAGAUGGAAAACUUCCCUUUGUGCCCUCGGAUGAAGAGUUCGUUAUGGUGGUCUCAAAAUACGGCAUCAAAGUAACUACCUCUGACCAAUAUGAUGUGUUACACAGGCACCCCCUCUAUCUCAUUGUUUCGAUGGUGUGCUACGAUGAUGGGCUGGUGUCUGGAAAGAGUCUGUUGGCUCUGAAGACCAAAGAUUCCAGCGAGGACCAGUGCAGCCUUUGGGUUUAUCAGUGUAGCAAUCUGGAGCACGCCCAAGCCAUCUGUAAGGUCCUGUCCACCGCUUUUGACUCUGUUCUCACUGAGAAGAGCCGAGUCGCUGCAGAAUGACGGCGUAUCCUGUACUCACACCGGCUGUGCCUUGCCCACCAGGAGAGUGGCUGUCCUCUUACUGUCCCUGGGAGACAUCCGUGAUCAGCAGGAUACCACAGUGCAGGACCAGCAUACAAGUUGUGCAUAUCAUAUAGCUAUAUUUUUAUAUUCAACUAUUGCUGCAAUUGUGGAACAUUGUGGACGUGACUGACAAAUGGGAACUGUGUUGCUGGCAUGUCAGUGAGAGCCCGAUCAUCCACGUUCUAUAGCCGGUAUAAGAUAUUAAGCCACAUACUAAAUAGAAGUGUAUUGGUGCAUCGGUACAUCAUUGUCUGUAUAAUAAUUAUGUGUCAGGGUACUGAUCUCUAGUGUUCUCUUAUAAUGUAAAAGCCAUCGGUACAGCCUAUGAGCAUUAUAUUGUGUUGUUCUUACAAUCAUAUCGUACAAUGUAAGUUUGGCUGACCAGACUCAUCAACGUGUACAAUGCAUAGACUUAGUGUUGUGUUACCGUCUUUAUUGACCUUUGUGACACAGCUGUGCACAGGGUCCUCUCCCCUCUGUAAGGACAGGUGACACAGCUGUGCACAGGGUCCUCUCCCCUCUGUAAGGACAGGUGACACAGCUGUGCACAGGGUCCUCUCCCCUCUGUAAGGACAGGUGACACAGCUGUGCACAGCGUCCUCUCCCCCUCUGCAAGGACAGGUGACAGCUGUGCACAGCGUCCUCUCCCCUCUGUAAGGACAGGUGACACAGCUGUGCACAGCAUCCUCUCCCCUCUGUAAGGACAGGUGACACAGCUGUGCACAGCGUCCUUUCCUCCUCUUUAAGGACAGGUGACACAGCUGUGCACAGCGUCCUCUCCCCUCUGUAAGGACAGGUGACACAGCUGUGCACAGCGUCCUCUCCCCCUCUGUAAGGACAGGUGACACAGCUGUGCACAGCAUCCUCUCCCCUCUGUAAGGACAGGUGACACAGCUGUGCACAGCGUCCUUUCCUCCUCUUUAAGGACAGGUGACACAGCUGUGCACAGCGUCCUUUCCUCCUCUUUAAGGACAGGUGACACAGCUGUGCACAGCGUCCUCUCCCCUCUGUAAGCACAGGUGACACAGCUGUGCACGGCGUCCUUUCCCCCUCUGCAAGGACAGGUAACACAACUGUGCACAGCGUCCUCUCCCCUCUGUAAGGACAGGUGACACAACUGUGCACAGCGUCCUCUCCCCUCUGUAAGGACAGGUGACACAGCUGUGCACAGCGUCCUCUCCCCUCUGUAAGGACGGGUGACACAGCUGUGCACGGCGUCCUCUCCCCUCUGUAAGGACAGGUGACACAGCUGUGCACGGCGUCCUCUCCCCUCUGUAAGGACAGGUGACACAGCUGUGCACGGCGUCCUCUCCCCUCUGUAAGGACAGGUGACACAGCUGUGCACUGCGUCCUCUCCCCUCUGUAAGGACAGGUGACACAACUGUGCACAGCGUCCUCUCCCCUCUGUAAGGACAGGUGACACAGCUGUGCACAGCGUCCUCUCCCCUCUGUAAGGACAGGUGACACAACUGUGCACACCAUCCUCUCCGCUCUGUAAGGACAGGUGACACAGCUGUGCACGGCGUCCUCUCCCCUCUGUAAGGACAGGUGACACAGCUGUGCACAGCAUCCUCUCCCCUCUGUAAGGACAGGAUAGGGUUUAGCACAGCAGUAAAUCAACAUGCUAGCCACAGACAUCAUCGUUUACAGCAAUCCCUAUUCCUGACUAUCUGAGGGUCCCUUCUGUGUUACCCCAACCACCCAUCAUGCACCCUGUAUUUCCUCAGUGGCCUGCCAUAUAGAGAGUAUCACCUUCCGCCGCUGCUCACACCUCUGUGCCAGGUGCUGCUGAUUGCGUGACUGCAUAUAUUUAUAAAAAGACUGUAAAACUGGCACUACCCCAUUGCGUAUGCACAGUGCUGUCAUUGCUGUGUCCUCACAUCCUAGACCAGCGACCUGAAUAGCCCUAGGACACUUCCUAGAGUGUUUGAUACAUUUGCAGAUCUAAAUGAAUAAAUGGUCGAAGGCCAUCCCCACGUAGGAACCCAAUACUGUUAUUUGUAUUGCUGCAUAAAUGAUUUGGAGCUGCAAUCUUUAGCACUGCAUUUCUCUGCUUCUGUCAUUGUCACCUGAUUCCUUUAUUACAUAUUUUACUACAUUCCUUCUGUAUAUUCCAGUGUGUUCUUAUUUAACCACAUUGGUUGAAUGUAAUCCUGGAAAUGUUGCUAUAGACUCUGUACGUGGCACUCCAUGCCUCUUGCCUCAGUGAUGUCACUAUAGAAUACAUGUACAUGUUAGCAUCUGGCGCCAUGCUGCCUUGGUGAUAAAUAGGUUUCAUAUUUUGCUCCAGGUUUGUGCCCUCCCAUUGAAUUACAAUUUACCAGAGUGGUUCUUACAGGAAUGCAGGUUGGUUUUUAUCUGAAAGCCUUUUUUAAAAGCCUAUUUAUCAAGCUUUUCCGAACAUACAAUGGGGCAGAUGUAUGAAGCCUGGAGAAAGGAUAAAGAAGUGAUAAGCGUAAGGUGAUAACGCACCAGCCAAUCAUUACGGAUUUGAAAAAUUACAGUUAGGAGUUGAUUGGCUGGUGUGUUAUCACCUUGCACUUUAUCCCUUCUCCUGGCUUAAUACAUCUGCCCCACUGUGUGGUAAUGUUGAGAUUGAUCUCUGAUAGCUAACCGUAGGUAAGCAUAGCACGCUUUUCCAAUGGAAAGAGAUUUCAGAGGGGAACAGUCCAUUAAUUUGCCUUAUAUCUGUUUGUAGUAAAGGUCACGAAUAUUUAUUGUGAAAUAAGUGCUCAUUAUUAAACAUGCUGCUUGUUUUCUAUGUUCGAGGUCAUUGUAGACACUGAUUUCUGCUGAAAUAAAAACAAAUGUGUACUCUUUAUAA